UUUGCCAUCUGGCGCAAGGAGGCUGCGGGUGCAGCUGCAGCUUGGUCCCCACUCGGCUCGGCUGAAUCAACUUGUUCUUUUUCCCCCACCUGAAAAAUACUGUUGAAAACAAAGAGUAUUUGCACCCACAGACCCACAGCCGCCUGUAGGCCCCGGGGGCACCCCAGACUCCCUUAACCCUUUCCCUCCCCAGGAGGAGCUGGGGAGGCUCUUGGGGGUGGGGCGGAACACAGGGAGCCCCCGCAUUCCUUCCGGGGAGACGCCAAAGAGUCCUUAGCAGCCAACAGCCAGAAGGGACCAUGGCGCGGCCACCAAUGCAGCUCCCACUGCCUGGGCCCUGGGGCCCCCCGGCGCCCCAGCUUUUCCAGCCAUUUGGGCUCCCCGGAACCUUCUACCCUCGAGGCUCAGCCAACCUGUGCCAUCUGCCCGCGCAGGAGCAGCCCUUCCCUGCAGCCUGGGCACCCCUGGCAGGGGGGACACCCCAGGCCCCCCAGGCACCACCAGCAGGUCUGCAGAGGGCUCCAUGUGGCUGCCUCUUCGACCCCCGGGUCUUCCGCAUCCAGUGGACAACCACCGACCUGCCUCCACCGGCCACCGCCACGCUCGGCCAAGGCGCCGCUUCUCUGCCGGCUGCUGCCCUGUGGGGUCCCGGGGGCUGCGGGGCCCCCCUGGCCUGGGCAGCCCCAGGGACCCCCCAGGGCCAACCACAAUACCUUGCACCCUACGAAAAUAAGAGGAGUGGGGUGGCCCCAGCCCCUCUCGAGCUGCCAGUGUCCAUCCCCAGCUACGAGGACAUCGAGGGGCCGCUGGCCAAGACCAACACCUGCGGCAUGGCCACCCCUGCGGGGGCACCCCCAGGCAGCGACGUCCCCCCCGGCCCCUGCGCUGACCCCCACAACCAAGCCCUUGGGGAGCCCGUAGGAGCUCCAUGCCCGAGGAUGCUGGUGGCAACCGGCGCAGCCACCCCCGACCGCGACUUCAGCUCGCUCUCGCUGCCUGAGGAGCUGCUCACCCCUGACUACUGCAUCCCCGAGCUCAGCGACAUCAUGCUGAGCCUCAAAAUAUCCAACGUCAUCGGGAUGGAGCCCCAGGAGGAGCCGUGGGAGGAUGCCGGGAUGGACCUGCCACCAUCCCCGCCUGCCGUGGCAGACAAGCCGAGGAAGAGGCAGGCGCAGAGCUCCUUGCCAAUGCCACCCAGCAAGCGCAGGGCUCUCGCAGCCAACAUGGGGGUGUGA